GGAGAACGGGGGAGUUAUGCUCGCAGCCACGAACAAACUUAACGGAGAGUUUGCGGAAGGGAACGAAGCAGCUCGUUCGGAUAUAAUUCCCUGUAACACAGCCCGAUGACUCGCAUUUCCUUUGAGCGGUGCUGUGAGUCGCUGCGAUCCGGGAGCCUUCGCUUGCAGUUCCGCGAGCUUCUUUCCAAAGGGCCCGCUGCAGUCCGCAAGGCCACACGCUCCCUCGUCUUCCUCAGACCGCCAACAGAGAAAUGGUUCGUAUUCUGGCCAACGGGGACAUCGUGCAGGACGACGACCCGCGGGUCAGGAAGACACCUCCGCGCCGAGAAGAGCUGAACAGGGGCCGCCAGGGUUUUAUCCAUAAUACGGAGCAUGCAAACCAGCCUUUCCAAGGACCAGCCAACCAAGGCCACUCAUUGUUUGCAGACCUGAAUCAGCGUUUGAUUCACAUGGGCUUUCCACGAUGGAAUCUGGGAAAUCAAGUCAUUGAACCUAUUAUGUCCAUCCUUUUGCUGUUGAUGCUAAUGUUAUUUGGAAUGCGUGGCCUCGUUCUCAUCGGUGGGCUGUACCUCUUCUCUCAGUUUAAUCAACGGUAACUGGAAGAAUUGCCAAGCGUUAAUAUUUGACUCUCUACAAUGACUGCUUUCUUCAUCCCCAUGUAAAACUGUUUAAGAUUAAGAUAGAACAGUAUGGGCCCUUGUACAUAAUGUAAGAUUUUACAUACAUUCCUAACUCUAAAAUGGAAAAAAAAUGAUUAUGUAGCCAUCAACUGCUCAAUUAGUGAAAUACUUGGUUCAUUAUUGGAUGAUUGGAUCACUGUUCACUUUGAGUGCAUUUAGGGCAUCUUAUGUGCUGGUCUUCCAGUCCAGUCAAAUCAGCCAAUCAGAAGUGGGGGGAAAAAAGAAGCCGUUACCUGAAAGGGCAACCAAAAAGUUAUCAGGUUGUCUCAAGAACUCAACUGAUUCAUCAGGAAAGAAAUCUACCUUGUGCAUAUUUGGUUAGCUGCUCAACAUAAAUGAGACUGGGCAAAAGCAUGCAAAACUCCUCCACCUUGUCAAACCAUCUCUACUUUGGUCACCUCAAGUGACAAAAUAUUUCAUGAAAACUUGGUAGUAGGGCCUUGAGGAAAGCUUCUUCCUCUUGUUCAUUCCUCGCGCGUGCGUGCGUAUGUGUUUGUGUUAGUGGUACAAUGUGGCUUUAAGAAAACAGUGACACUGUGAAGGAAGGUUAACCAAUCUAUUGUGAUUAAGGUACUGAAUUACUAUUCAGUAGGCUGUUCUACUAAACUGAUUUAGCAAAUCUAACUCAAUUAAUUUGGACUAAUAAAACAAUGGUGAUUAUAGAAUGGAUGGAUUGUUUGAUAUCCGGUCUAAUUCAAUGGGGAUGUAGAAGCUUGGGAUAGGACUACCAAUUUCUCUGUGGACUGGAACAAGCAUGAAAUAAAAUUAAUACUGAUACUCGA